UCUCUCCCCGUAGCACCUAACCAAUAUCUGAAGUCUUGACGGGUAUGGCCGCAUGAGUUUCUGAAGAAUCAAGAUGCAGACUCUGCUGAAGAUUUAGCCCAGCCCAUUCAGAGGCGGCUUAUAGUGGUAGGUGGGUUCUUCUACAUCUGUCAAAAUGGAGAAGGAAGGUAUGAAGAUUAUCAACAAAGGGCUGGAGGAUGAGAUGGAGGUGUGGGGCUACCGCGUGAGCCGCUGGAGGCUGGUGCUGCUGGGUGUGGGGGCUCUGUGCACGGGGGGGCUGCUGCUGCUGCUGCUCUACUGGCUACCGGAGUGGGGCGUCAAGAGCACCUGCACACCCUGCCCUCUGAAAGAUGCCCACAUCCUGCUGCUCAGAUCCACAGAUGAGUUCCAGAGCUGGUUCCGAGUGCGGGUACAUGUGAUGCAGGCUCCGGGGCGGAACCCCUUUGAUGCUGUGGAUCUUCAGACCGCACCAGCCAAUGGGAACAGGGGACAGCCAUACCCUGACGUCUCACUUACAGAACCUCAGACCUUGCAGAUUCGUUACUUCAACCAUCACAGCAUGCAAUACUUCUGGAAUGAUACCAUGCAGAAUUUUGAAGUGAUAAACGGCAUGGAGGACCUGAGGCUGAGCUGCUGCUCGCUCCUCUCCGAGUACAGCGCAGGACUCAGCAGACCCCAGCAGGAGUACAGGGAACAGUUUUUUGGAGAAAAUGAGAUUGCUGUACGAGUGCCUUCAAUAUUUAAGCUGCUAAUUAAAGAGGUGCUGAAUCCGUUCUACAUUUUCCAACUCUUCAGUGUGAUCCUGUGGAGUGCUGAAGAGUACUACUACUAUGCUGUGGCCAUUGUCUUCAUGUCAGUCAUAUCCAUAGCCAUUUCUCUGUACACCAUUAAAAAGCAAUAUGUGAUGCUGCAUGACAUGGUGGCGGCCCACAGUGUUGUCCGUGUGUCCGUUUGCAGAGGGAAGAAAGAGGUGGAGGAGGCCAUGUCCACAGACCUGGUGCCUGGAGACGUCAUUGUGAUCCCAAGCAAAGGCACCAUCAUGCCCUGCGACGCCGUGCUCAUCAGUGGAACGUGCAUUGUGAACGAGAGCAUGCUCACAGGGGAGAGUGUGCCUGUGACCAAAACCAGCCUGCCUAACUCGGACGUGGAGGGCAGGGAGUUGUACAGCUCCGAGCAGCACAAGAGGCACACUCUGUUCUGUGGAACCCAGGUCAUCCAGACAAGGUUCUACAGCGGGGAACUGGUCAAGGCCCUAGUGGUCCGCACUGGCUUCAGCACAGAGAAGGGCCAGCUGGUGCGCUCCAUCCUCUACCCCAAACCCACCGACUUCAAGCUGUACAGGGACGCCUACCUCUUUCUGCUGUGCCUGGUGGGAGUGGCGGGGAUUGGGUUCAUCUACACCAUUGUGCUCAGUGUGAUGAACCAGGUGCCUGCUAAGACCAUAAUCAUCGAGUCUCUGGACAUCGUCACCAUCACCGUGCCCCCUGCCCUGCCGGCGGCCAUGACGGCUGGCAUCGUGUACGCCCAGAGACGGCUCAAGCGCGUGGGCAUCUACUGCAUCAGUCCCCAGAGGAUCAACAUCUGCGGGCAGCUCAACCUCGUCUGCUUUGACAAGACAGGCACGCUCACUGAAGAUGGUUUGGAUCUCUGGGCUGUUCAGAGAACUGAACAUGGAAGGUUUGUCCAGCCAGAGGAGGACCCAGGUGCGCAGUGUGAGGAGGAGUCCCCGUUCCUGGCCUGCAUGGCUGCCUGCCACUCCCUCACCAAGAUCGACGGAGAGCUGUCAGGCGACCCGCUGGACCUGAAGAUGUUCAACGCCACCGGAUGGAUAUUGGAGGAGGCCACGGAGGAGGAGACGUCCCUCCACAACCCCAUCAUGCCCACGGUGGUCAGGCCUCCCAAACAGCCGCAGGGCAGACGGGGCGCUCCCUCCGAGCUCACACCCACCGCCGACCAAAGCAUGGAGCUGUAUGAGCUGCCUGACACGUACGAGCUGGGGAUCGUGCGGCAGUUCCCCUUCUCCUCCGCGCUGCAGAGGAUGAGCGUGGUGGUGCGGCGCCUCGGGGGGAAGCACAUGGAGGCCUACCUCAAGGGGGCGCCAGAGGUGGUGGCCAGCCUCUGCAACAACUCUUCAAUUCCGGAGAACUUCACGGAGGUUCUGGAGGGCUACACCAGCCAGGGCUUCCGGGUCAUCGCCUUGGCUCAGCGCCAGCUGGAGUCCAAACUGACCUGGCACAAAGUGCAGAGCCUCAACAGAGACCACAUCGAGAACAACAUGGAGUUCCUGGGCCUCAUCAUCAUGCAGAAUAAACUCAAGCCAGAGACGGCAGAGGUGUUGGAAGAUUUGCGACGAGCCAACAUUCGCACCGUCAUGGUUACAGGUGACAACCUCCUGACGGCCAUCUCCGUGGCCAGGGACUGUGGCAUGAUCGGUCCUCAGGAGAGGGUCAUCGUAGCGGACGCGCAGCCUCCUGGAGGGGGCCGGCCAGCUGUGAUCCUCUGGCACUACACAGACAGCCCCACGGCACCGGCCAAUAAGAACGGCCAUUUCCAGCUGGUGGACGUGGAGUCGGACAGCGCUCUGUCCAACGGCAGGCUGAGGGAGCAGUACCACUUCGCCAUGAGCGGGAAGUCUCUGGCCGCCAUCAUAGAGCACUUCCCAGACCUCGUCCCAAAGCUGGUCCUCAGAGGGACUGUCUUUGCUAGAAUGGCUCCUGACCAAAAGACCCAACUGGUGGAGAUUCUCCAGAGCGUGGACUACUUUGUGGGCAUGUGUGGGGAUGGUGCAAAUGAUUGUGGUGCCCUGAAGCGAGCCCAUGGGGGCAUCUCCCUGUCUGAGCUGGAGGCCUCGGUCGCCUCCCCGUUCACCUCCACUACGCCCAACAUCUCCUGUGUCCCCAACCUCAUCAGGGAGGGUCGUGCUGCUCUCAUCACUUCCUUCUGUGUGUUUAAGUUCAUGGCCCUGUACAGCAUGAUCCAGUACCUUAGUGUGACGCUUCUGUACUCGAUCCUGAGCAACCUGGGCGACUUCCAGUUCCUCUUCAUUGAUGUGGUCAUCAUUCUCAUCAUAGCCUUCACAAUGAGCCUGAACCCCGCGUGGAGGGAGCUGGUGGCCCAGCGGCCCCCCUCCAGCCUGAUCUCGGGGCCGCUGCUCUUCUCCGUGCUCACCCAGAUCCUGGUGUGCCUCGGCUUCCAGGCCUCCGCCUUCGUCUGGGUGCAGCACCAGAGCUGGUACGAGAAGUGGACGCCGCUCUCAGAUGCUUGUAAUAGAUCUCGAGAAGGUUUCUCCAUCGAUCCAAACGUAACCCAUCCCGUAGACCACAAGAACAUCCGGAACUACGAGAACACCACCCUGUUCUACAUCUCCUCAUUCCAGUACCUGGUGGUGGCCAUCAUCUACUCUAAAGGGAAGCCCUUCAGACAGCCCAGCUAUAAAAACUGGCCUUUCGUGUUGUCCUGUAUUAGCCUGUACAUCUUCCUCUUCCUCAUCAUGUUAUUUCCUGUGUCAGCAAUUGACAACUUUCUGGAGAUUGUUUGUGUUCCUUAUGAGUGGAGAAUUACCAUGGUGAUCAUCAUCUUGGUUAAUGCAGUCGUGUCAUUUGUCCUGGAGACUUUGGUCCUAGACAUCAUCUUAUGGAGGCUUGUGUUCAGCCAAGACAAGCUGGAGAAGGAUGGGGUGGCCCCAGCUACCCAGAACACUCAGCUAAGUAAUGACCGGUGGGGGUCCAGAUUCCUGGCUUGGCUGUUUUGUCAGAACAGGAGCACACCCAAGACACGCUACAUCCAGCUGGCCCAGGAGCUCCAGGACGACCUGGACUGGCCCCCCCGCCCCCAGACCUGCACCUACGGCAAGGCCCCCCACCACUCCAUCAUCCUCUGACCCAUCGCUUCUCUGCCCUUGAAAUCCGGCCUUAGAUGACCAGACCGUGGGAGAACCAGCAAGUGUGUGCCCUGAUGUUUCCACAGGUCUUCGGUCCCCAUUUGCCCCCAAUGCAUCACUGAAUGUAAUCCUCCCAAAACCCCUUAGGAGCAGCGUAGUGCGCGCUCCAUGGCCAGGUCUCCUCAGCGUCAGUGCUGGAGUUGCCAGAGCUCCUACGAGUCCUGUGCUUCUCUGGCCACCCAGGGUGUGCUGCAGGUGUUCACUCUUCAUAUAGCAGCUUGUGAUUAGAUGGCUGACUGCACUUUAAUGAUCUGAGACUGAUGAAGCACGGUAACACAUCAGGGCCACGCUCAUAUGGCAAUGGUGGACAGUUGAUUCACGUGCCAGUUCAUUGGCAACUCCAAUGACACAUUAUGCAACAUUUGAUGUUCCGGAAGACAAGAAUUUUUAAACAAGAUGUCUUGUUUAUUUGAUCUGUUCCUAUAUUUUCCUAUCUAUUUUAACAUGCUACACGCUACAUUGUCUCUACUUUUGGUACAAAUUGGACAAAUGGAACCGUUGUCAGAUUUUCUUAGUGAUAACAAAUGUCCAUCAAGACUGAAUAUGCUGAAACUACUGUCAUUGCUCUUCAUGUUGCUUUAUCAGGACAUUUCACAUCAUGCAUUUGCCUUUUGCAUCUCUUCCUAUGGAAGAAGAUUAUUGCAAUAAUCAAGUAGAAUUAAUUGUCUAACUUCAUCAACACUUUCUCUUCUUUUUCUGUCUUUCUCUGUAUCUGCGUGAUACAGAAUGUGGGCGGGAAGACACAUGGAGAAAAGGGAACUUUGUGUGGGUACGUUGGUGUGUGUUGUUUAGUACUAGAUGUGACUGUGAUAUGGUGUGUCACUAUGCAGAUUAUUGGACUGGACUAUGGUACUUUUGUCUUGCACAGAGAGUCUGUGAUACUGCUGAAUGAAAAGAAUACUGUAUCUCCUAAAGGGGAAUGGGGUGGUAGGGGGUGGAAGGUAUUGUGAUCGAGUCAAUCCGUCUGUUUGGCCGUCUGUGUGAGGCGCUCAUGUCCAGAUGCUGGGAUUUAAUUUCAGUUUCUGCAGUGAGGGUGUGCAGUUGCUUUACUGCUCUUGUUUAAUCAGUAUAAACUAGUUGGCUGAAAUAAUACCAGGUGAACGGAUUAGAUCAAACAGGUCAGUGUUAGCAUCCUACAAAAACAAUAGGACCGGUGGGAUCCGAUUCCUGAUGCAUUACAGUCGGUAACACUGUCAGCAUAAUGAUGCUGAAGUAGUUCGGACUAAAGGGCCAUUCACACCAAGAACGAUAGCUAAAACGGUACCCACAACUGUAACGAUAAAAGUGUCCACACUGGCCAACAGUAAGCAGUCUCUUGUGUUAAUGAAUGUGAUGGCUAAAAUGUGAUGGGUUCUGAUUGACUGUUAGCUUUUUAUCAUUCUCAAAAUCGUUCUGAAAGCGAUCCCCAACGAUAUCGUUCUUCACGUCGUUAUGGUUCAUGUCUGAACGUCGACAUUCAUAUUAACAAAAGCAAUAUUUGUUUUCAGUCAUCAUUAUACUUAUCGUUCUUGUUGUGAACGGCCCUUACGCCAUAUGAAACAGCCUUUCCCAUCACAUGAAGUACAAAGCUAAUCUUGUGCACCAGGGGAGACCAGGGUUAUCACUUUUUUCCCCUUCCCUCAAGAAAGAUGCCAGUAAUAAGCCGUGAACAUGCAUAGUGUAUCACAACUCUGAAACAUGACUUUUGAAAUAUGCAAACAAAAUAAUUACUGGCAAAUAUCAAGUGUUUUUUUUUUAAUCGAAUCCUUUUCAAAAACAUAUCAAUGCAUAGAGGUGUGUAAUUAAGUGUCUGUUAGCUAUUUACUGACAUUUAUGAGAACAGUGAACUGCAGUGACACUAAUGCACACAAUAAACAUGGGGCAUAGUGUUAUUGUCAAAUUAAUUUGAAAGUGAUUGUAGUCAGGUGCAUGGCCUGAUGAUAAUAUUGAGAUCAUGGUUUUGUAUUUUCGUAUUAGUUCCUUUUUAAUAUCAGAAUAUGUCAUUUUAAUGGUAAUUUGUACGAAUUUUAGCUGCUAGUUGUUUUUGUGGGUAGAUGAUACUCAUAGCUGUAUAGCAUGUCAGUGGUACUACACCUCUUUAAUGAAUGGGGAAAGACAAUAUUGUUUUUUCUGUGAUUUGGGGUUUUGUAAGCAAAAGCCUGCUGAAAGGGAGUUCUAUUUUGAUGAUAUUUUGUCAUUUGUCAUAUUCAUGACAACCAGUCAUAGGGAACAUUUGAUCAUAUGAAAUUUGUAUGGUUUCAUGAGAGAUCUACAGUCACAUUGUACACCGUUGAAUUGGUUUCACUGCACAUGAAUUGUAUUGGACAAUGGACCACACAAACAUGGACCAUAAAUAGCACUGAUUUCAACAGCUGUCAGUUUAACAGAUAGAACUGAUAGCAUAUUAAUGUUUACAAAUGACUUGAUGAGCAGGAAAAUUAAUAAAUUACCUUGUUGAAUUACCGUGUGCUGCUGUGAAGAAUCUUACUAAUUAUUUCCAUGUAACGGAUAAUAAAGGCUUAUAAUGAGCCUUUAUUGAAUUGAUGACAGGAAUGUUGAGAGUUAUGAAUUCUCCAGCAGAAUCGCACCACCAUCACAUGUCUCAUAUCUGACCACCAGGGGGCAGCAAAAGUGAAAUGUCCUGUAGCAUAAUCUUUAGGAAAGAUAUCAGUGAUCAUGGAAAACUACUCAAAUCUCAUUUACGUUUUACUUUCUAUUCUUUAUGUUAUGUAUAGUGUGUCCAAGGGCUAUUGGCUGUUUGGGUGCCCUAAGACAGACACAGAAAGAGCAUUAUUAUAAUAGUUUUAAUACUUAUUGACAAUCAUGUGAAGCUCUUCAUUGUGUUAUCCAGUAGGCCUACAAUAAGUCACACAAAUGUGCCUUUGUCUUGUAACAUUCAAUU